AUGUCCUUCUCGGAUCAGCAACAACAACAACAAUCAAAUCCAAACAGUAUGUGGAUGAGGCAAUCACUCAGCAGUAUUGCUACUUCCAAGUCCAAUAACAACAUGUCUUUAUUGGGUAAUAAUAAUGAAGAAAAUAAUACGAGCUCCGUAGUACCUUCAACAGCAAGCACAGCGAAUACACCGUCCGAGAGAAGGUCCUUUGAAUUACAAGAUUUAAAAAAGGAAGGAGGAGAAAAGGAGACCUCUCAUCAUUCCAAACAACAUCAUCACCAUCAUCAUCAUCAUGCUCCGAAACCACCCUCAACAAAGGCAAAAAAGAUUGAUUUAGCAAAGAAAAUUGGAAGGAUUGUUUAUUCAUUGUUUUUGGUUGCGGUCAUGUCAGCGUUGGUUGUCCUGGAUGUCAUUUCUUCACCUAAAAAUACGUGGAUUUCGAGAGGAUCGAUUGUUAUUGCUGUCACACUUUUUGGAAGAUGGUUAUAUGAAUUCUUUUUUGAAAUUUUCUAUGAGUGGAUUUUGGAAUACUUUAUUAAGGAGGAUAAGAAGCCAGAAGAGAAAGUGUAA